AUGCAGGACUUUCUCAACCUUAUUUCCUUCUCCUCUGGCGUGUGCUUCUUCGUCUUCAGGAUCGCAGUUAUACUUCUCUCGAGACGCCACUCCAACCACAGAAGGACUAAAACGGGGAUCUCCGUACGUCCACCUGUCUACACCGCUCGUCCGAAGACUUUUGACUUUGUCUGGAUCUUCCACCACAUAGCUGUCUUUGUCCCCGAUGCAGUCUUGUUCUUCAUUGGGCGAUCGCUCGGGUAUCCCUUUGGGAAUAUUGCCGCUGCUCUUCGUGUGUAUGGAAGUCUUUCGGCGACCCACUGGGUUCGUCUUUGGCCGCAAUCACGAGUGUGGGCGCUGUGGCUGUACAUUGCUGCAGCCGUCAUCUUCCUCGCGGGGCUCAUUGGGGCCGUCUUUCUCCCUACAGAUAGCCACCGCACGGCUGCGACAUCGCGCCCGCACGAUCCUGCGUCCCCGCUCCCGUCGCGCAACCCGAAGACCAUCACCGGCAACGUUUUCGGCGUCACAUUGACCCGUUCGGAUACGCGCAUCUUCGCGGUUACCGCCGGCUCA